CUAUUGCCCAACUUCCCAACAUCCUUUACCAACUUUAGAACAAACCGCCAACUGUUCCUAGGACACCAAAGAAAGGAAGAAGCCAAACCGAAAGAAAUAGCCACCGUCCCUCCCCUGCUUCCCCUUUCCACGUUCCGGCGAAGAACGAGCGAGCGGGCGGCCAUGGAUGGCGGCGGCAACGGCGGCGGCGGCGGCAUCCUGUCGUACGAGAAGCUGGAGGGUUACGCGAUCUGGGUGGGCGCCAGCGUGGCGUCGGCCUUCUUCGCGUCCAUGGAGCGCUGCGCCUGCAUCCACCUCCACACCGCCGACGACGACGGCGACGACUACGACCCCGAGGAGGCCAAGGACCGGCCGCUCAUGCUCUCCCGCCCGCAGGCCCUCCCGGAGUACUACUACGACCGGUCCGGCUCCUCCGCCUCCUUCGCCAAGAUGUGAACCUGUCUUCUUCUCCCUCCUCCUCCUCCUCCUCCUCCUCUUCUCCGCGGCGUGAUCUGAUCCGUUUCUUGAUCUAGUUUCCUUGCGUGUUCAUGUGAUCCGGCUGUGCGUGCGUGUGUUCCUCCGGGUGGGGCAUUCAAGAUCUCCUCGUCCCUGCAUUGUGUGUUGGUUGUGUUCAUAAAGUGCGUGGCUCGAAUAGCUGUUGGAUUCUGUAAUUCUCUGAAUUUUUUUUUUGGGUGUGUCUGUUCUACUUGAUUCCUUGAUUUGGUCCAUAUAAAACAUCUUGUUCUAUAGAUUUAUGGCAUUCCUGCAGA